AUGUCGAGCGUCGAGAGCGAGCGCUCAGUACCUGCGCCGGAUAAGCCUGUCGAGGAACAACGGCCCUUAUGGAAGGACGACGAUGUUCCAGCAGAAGAUAGCGAUGCUUUCAAGAGCCGUAUUCAUCGCUACUUCGGAGAGCAUGGUGCGAAAGAUGAGACGUUCUAA